AUGUACGCCAACUUUCUGUUGGUCUUCAGGGCUCGUACCAGUCGCAUCAUUAUAUGGUUCCCACUCCAGCCAUGCCACAUCCUUCUCAUGUCGCCUGUGCUCAAUGCCACUCCCACCCUGCCCGCCGACAUGAACUCUUCGACGCUUCCGAGUGCUGCCGCCGACCCAGCGCUGUAUGCCAAUCGGUACCAUACACUGAUGGCAGGGGUGACAGUGCUGCUCGUUCUCCCGACUCUGGCGGUGAUCCUGCGCCUGCUGUCGAGAUGGAUUGCAGGUGCUGGACUAUGGUUCGAUGAUUACGCCGUGAUACUGGCUUGGUUAUUCGCUCUGGGGCCAAGCAUCGCUCUCAUCGUGGCAAUCCACAUAGGCUUCGGAGAGCAUAUCGAAAUCCUGCCAGCCUCUACCAUUUUCGCCGUCUUCAAGGUCCUAUAUGCUUUCUCGCUGACAUUCAUAAUGGCCAUGAUUACUGUCAAAUUCUCCGUGAUAUUGUUCCUGUACCGCAUCUUUCCCAUCGUCCAUUUUAGGCGCAUACUCGUUGGUGCAGCCAUAUUCGUUGUUUGUCUUGGAGUCUCCCUCUUUCCUGUAUCGAUCUGGACUUGUACACCAAUCCACGACUUCUGGACCACCCUUGGAGGCGGAGUCAAGUCCCGGUCGGGGGGUCGUUGUGUCAAUACUCAAUUAUUCUACCUUGUCAGCGGAGCCAUCAACACAGUCACCGAUUUCGCCCUCUUGGCAUUGCCCAUACCACUGCUGUGGAGAUUGCGCACUGGCAAGCUGCAGAAAUCGAUCUUGACAGUUAUAUUCACUGUCGGCCUUACAGUCUGCGCCGUCAGUAUCAAUCGACUUAUAAUAUUAUCAAGAUUUCAGCAUGCAAAGCUUUCCCAACUCGGUCGGCUCGAUAUCACCUGGAAUUACGUGGCCCCAGCCACCUGGACGGCGGCGGAACCAGCAGUCGCGGUAAUCAGCGCCUGCCUACCUAGUCUACGACCCCUGUUCGUCAGAAAUCAUCUGGGGCCAAGCCUACCGGCCAACCCCGACGUCUCAGCCGAGCAAUAA